GCCGCAACAGCGAACCGGCGGCGGCGACCAGAUUGCACCCCUUCACCUCUGCAACGGGCGCGGUACAGCUUCAGUGAAAGCGAAAGAAAAACAAAACGCAAUUUAAGAGGCGGAUUAAGGAACCGCCUAAAUAUGUGAGGACUGAUUUCUGGCGCGUGGCAUCUUCGACUGCUGCAGGAAGCAGCUUCUUUGUGUCAAUGUUUAUCCCAGUUUAAUGAUCUUCCCAAUACAUUUACCAAGGACGUGGGCUAGUUAUAAGAUUGUACCAUUUCAAGACAAACCCAUCAUGGAUCAAGGCUGGAUUUCCAAGGAUGAGAUUGAUUCAGAAAUACAGCCUGUGCAAAACAAAGCUGAAGGAGAGACUUAUGCUCGGCAACUUUUGGAGGGACACAUAAAAUACAUCACAACUGUUGUGAAGCAAUUAAGUAAUGAGAUAGAGGUGCUGCAGAAACAAAUUAGGAUACGAGACGAUGCAACCCCUAGAAGCACUGCUCUGAUGAAAAGUCUUGAAUUACAUCAUCUGAAUGGCAUUGGAGAGCUUAGAGGCAGGGUGGCAAGGUGUGAUGCAAGCAUUGCCGUAUUAACAGCUGACAUGACAUCAGCACAUGAAGGAAUUCAGAACCUGAGCAAAGAGCAACAAAGAGCAAAACUGAUCUUGGAAGCCAAAAUAAAGGAUAUUGAAGGGCAGAUUUCAGAACUUGUAGAGACAAUUGAGGAAUCUAUCAGCGAGCAAGAAAGAAAGAUCAAGUUUACUCGGGGACAGAGCAGUGAACAGCCCCACCUGCUGGAUAUUGGUAGCCAGAAAAGGUCAGAGGUUAGCUUUGAUAGGGUGAAGAGCACAACUGAGGACAUUAAGAAUCAGGCUUUGUCCAUUUGCUCCCGUUUGGAACAGAAACUAGAUAGAAAGGAGCAGGAAUUGUUACAUCAAAUGGAACUGAUCUCCCUCACCGUGAAAGAUAAAACUGAAAGCAGUGAAAAAUCCAUAGAGGAGAGGCUUAACCAGCUAUCCGUGAAACUUGACAAAAUAGAGGCAAUUCAAAAAAUGAACUCGGAGAUUUACAGCAUAAAAAAUGUUGAGAAGAAACUAAGUCUGAUCGUAAUAAGCAUAGAAGAGAAAAUGUGGAAAGAAAUAGACAACAUUGAAGCUGCAACUAACACUGGGUUUUCAGCUAUUUAUGACAGCAUUGGAUCCUUAAAACACAUACUUGAAGCAAAAAUGAAGCAGGAUAAAGACAAGUUGCAGAAACAGAUUAAUCAGAUUAAGCAAACCAUGGAUUCCAUUCCUCUGGAGCAGAGUUCAUAACAUAAUCACUGUCCGUAGUAUGCAUCAUUCUAGACACUGCCCAAUGAUAAUCGGAAACCGUCACCUUUUUUAGAUGAUUAAAGCUAUUACAUGCAGCCUGAGAAGAGGUAUCAGUAAACGCUGAUAUCUAAUAUGUAAAGUUAACCAAGUAUGUUAGCAUAGUAGCUUCAUCUGAGCAUUGUUUAUCAAGCACAGUGUGCACCUUUACCCCAAUAAAGUAACUUGUGUGUAUGCGUCUAUAAAAUUUCUGGUGCACAAGAUGUUUUAAUGGGAUGAGAUGAAUUGAGAAUUUAAAAACAGACCAAAAGUAGUAUGGUUACAUGGUGAACGGGGUUAUUUGUGCCUUUCUUGUAUAUGCCAUUAUGUAGAUUUACAAUAUUUAUGACAUAAUUCUAGAAGUCAUUUAUAAGUUCCAAAAAUAUAUGUAUUUUGA